GGUGCGUGUCGUGGACCUGUUCUGCUGCCGCCCUUAGACGCCCCAGGAGUUCAGCGUGGGUCUCUCCACACCCGCCUGUAGGGACUGAGGAACGAAUAUCAUUGUGUAUGUGUGUGUUGCCCGCCUAAGAGAAAGGAGCGACUGUCGGCCUGUGCAUGCGGUGGCCACAUCCAUCUCCAAGGAGUUUGAGACGGGACACUUCUAAAGGCAGAAGUGCGUCGUGCUGGUUUUGAAACAGAGCCUGGCUCUGGCCGGGGUUUGUUGCAGGUUUUCACUGCGGUUCAGUAGAGGAAGACUGUCGGGCAAGAUGUCCGGGUGACUUCCCUAGCGAGCAGCAGUGAGUGGAGCAACUGUGACCUUGGUUGCGUUGCAUCUUUGUUUCAUAAGCCCUGAGCUCUCACACUUUCUCAUGAAAUGGACUCAUUGCGCAUGAAGCAAUUUUCAGCCCUCCUGUGGAAAAAUUUCCUUUUGAAGAGGCGGAACGUGGUUGGCUUAGUGGUGGAAAUCACCUUGAUAUUUCUGUUGUUUGUGUGGACUUUGACUAUGCGCAGAAUUUCAAAGAAGACAUUUUUUCAGCCUGUGACUUUUAAUCCUAUCCCCCUGACAUUACCCGGGUUCCUUAAUACAAAAUUUGAAUAUGAAUUGGCGUAUGUGCCUUCUGGAAGUGAUGCGGCAAGAAAUAUUACAGAGAUGGUGAAAGAAGAUUUAAAUUUCAACUUUACAGUUCGAGGCUUUCCUUCAGAAAAAUCUUUUGAGAAAUACAUUAAGUAUGAGAACAGGUCUGCAUAUGUGCUGGCUGCCAUUGUGUUUGAUCACGUGUUCAAAACCAAUGAUGAACGAUUACCACUUCAGGUAAAAUAUAAUUUGCGCUUUGGUCAUCUCUAUAAUCCUUAUAAUCCCUUUCGUCCGUCUAUGGACCCGCGAGCAAAGGACUGGAACACAUCGACUCUCUUCCCACCCGUGCCUUCUCUAGGACCCCGGAACUUACUUGAACACGAUGGGGGGGACCCUGGAUACAUCAGAGAAGGAUUUCUUGUUGUGCAACAUUCUUUAGAUAAGGCCAUCAUGGUGUAUCAUAGUGGCAGAGCGGCUGAAGACAUGUUUGCUAAUGCCACCAUUCAUGCGAACCGAUUCCCAUACCCUGCUUUCACCCAGGACAAAUUCUUGUGGUCUUUCAUAUCCAUGUUUCCGUGGACAAUUUUAUUUACAUUUACUCAAAUGGCACUUGUCAUUGUUGGGACCAUUAUGAUGGAAAAGGAAAAGCGAUUAAAGGAAUACCAGCUCAUGGUAGGACUCAGCAAUGCUAUGCUCUGGUUCUCGUAUUUUGUCACCUUCUUGUUGAUGUAUUUGAUUAUCAUCUGUUUGUUGUGUGGAAUUUUAUUUCUCAAGAUUACACACGAGCGAGUCUUUCAACAUAGCGACCCGCUGUUCAUUGCCUUCUAUUUCCUGUGUUUUGCCAUCUCCUCAGUGUUACUUGGCUUCAUGAUCAGCACACUCUUUGACAGAGCGUCUGUGGCCUCUUCCAUUGCAGGUUUCCUCCACUUUCUCACAUUUUUUCCUUACUUAAUCAUAGCUCAGAGGUAUGGUCAGACAAGCCUCGGGGGGAAGCUGGCUCUCAGCCUCAUCACAAACACAGCGCUAGCUUUCGGGGCUGACUUAAUAUGCAAGAUGGAAAUGAAAGGGCAUGGUGCUCAGUGGUACAACAUCGCUACAAAAAUAAAUGCCGAUGAUGACUUAACUUUGGCUCAUAUAAUAGGAAUGUUUUUAUUUACUGCUUUUCUGUAUGGCAUUGUGGCCUGGUACAUAGAUGCUGUCUUUCCAGGGAAGUAUGGUAUACCUAAGCCCUGGAACUUUUUCCUGCAGAAAACCUACUGGUUUGGAGAACCAUCCUCAAGCAAGGAAGAAAGCCAAGUCACUGAUCUACCCCCAAAUGAUUUUGUUGAGCCUGAACCUGUUGGCUUAGUGGCUGGCAUCCAUAUUCAACAUUUGUACAAGAAAUUCACAUUAAAAGGUAGUACCGUGAUGGCAGUACAAGACUUGUCUUUGAACCUGUACGAGGGGCAGAUCACCGUUCUUCUGGGACAUAAUGGGGCAGGAAAGACCACCACCUUAUCGAUCCUCACAGGUUUGUAUCUUCCUACCAGAGGAAAGGUCUACAUUGGUGGAUAUGACAUCUCAAUGGACAUGGUUGAAGUUAGGAAAAGCUUGGGCUUGUGUCCCCAGGAUGACCUGUUGUUCCCGAUGCUGACUGUGUCAGAACACCUUGAUUUCUACUGUGUGAUAAAAGGAAUGCCUUCAAAUAAAAGAACCAGAGAAAUUCAUAGGAUGCUCACUGCUUUUGACCUGCUGCAUAAAAGUGAUACAAUGUCCAAGAAUCUGAGUGGAGGGAUGAAGCGCAAACUCUCAAUCAUCAUAGCUCUUAUAGGGGACACCAAGGUGGUGAUACUCGAUGAGCCAACAUCUGGCAUGGAUCCAGUCUCAAGGAGGGCCACCUGGGACUUACUUCAGCAAUAUAAAGAGAACCGUACCAUCUUGCUGACCACACACCACAUGGACGAAGCUGAUGUGCUUGGUGACCGCAUUGCCAUCCUAGUCAUGGGGACCCUGAAGUGCUGUGGCUCUUCACUUUUCCUGAAGAAAUUAUAUGGUGUGGGAUAUCACCUAGUCAUGGUGAAGACUCUUGAAUGUGAUGUUGAAAAAAUUUCCGAGUUGAUUAAGAAUUACAUACCAACUGCUGAGAUGGAGAUGAAUGUUGCAGCUGAAUUGUCAUUUAUCCUGCCAAAAGAGUACACACACAGGUUUUCAGAACUUUUCGCAGAAAUAGAAAAAAGACAAGAAGAGCUGGGUAUCAUUGGCUUUGGUGUCUCCAUGACUACCAUGGAUGAGGUUUUUUUCAAGGUCAGUAAUCUGGAAGACUUGAAUCUGAAUACUGAGGCUGCCCAUUCAACUUCCACAGAGGACCAAAACACAAGUCAAGACAACCAGAAUAUGAAUGUACCCAGAAAUUUUGAUAGAAAAAAUUAUCCAAGAAGAUAUUCUAAUUCUUCAUUCAAUACUGGGUGGAUUCUCUACGCCCAGCAGUUCCGAGCCAUGCUCAUCAAAAGGGCAGUGUUCUCCUGGCGCAACUGGAAACUGCUGCUAUUGCAGUUGCUGGCGCUUCUGGGUCUCAUGUAUCUUAUGAUGAGAGGCAUAAGCUUCUCAACAGCUCGAGAACCUGCCAGGGUGAUGGAUUUGGAGCAGUACAGGGAGACCAUUGUACCCUUCUCAAUUUCUGGAGAUCCUGAUUUGACCCAGAAUCUCACCAAAAAUCUUGAGAUCAUGUUAAAGGCUAAAAAACAAGAACUUCAUGAAGUGCAAGGUGAUGUCCAGGGCUACUUGCUGAAAAAUAAAAAAUGCAUUUAUUCAUGCAUCAUUGCAUUCUCCCUCACCGUUACCAGAGACAAGAAGGAGUUUACGUUCUGGUUCAACAACGAGGCGUACCAUUCACCGUCACUAUCCUUGUCAGUUUUAGACAAUAUUAUAUUUAUGUCUCUCUCUGGCUCGGAUGCCACCAUUACUGUCUCCAACAAGCCUCAGCCUCAACGUGUCACUGAGAACAAAUAUGAAGAGACGUCUACUUUGAUACUUCAGAUAGUCUUUAACUUGUUGUUUGGGAUGAGUAUUUUCACCAGUGGCUUUUCCCUUAUGACAGUGACUGAGCGAGUUAGUAAAGCAAAGCACAUCCAGUUUGUGAGUGGGGUCUACACCUUUAAUUUUUGGCUCUCAGCUCUGCUAUGGGAUCUCAUCAUCCAUUUUGUUGCCUGUGCUCUACUGCUGCUGGUGUUCCUAAUCACUGAUGUGGACAUACUGUUGGAGAAAUACCAUUUCCUGGACACGAUGCUCAUCCUCAUGCUCUUUGGAUGGUCUGCCAUCCCCUUCAUCUACCUGCUGAGCUUCUGGUACAAUACUAGCACCGGCGCCUAUAUCAAGAUCUUCGUCUUCAACCACUGUUUAGGGUUUAUGAGUAUAAUUGUAGAUGCUGUGGUAAACAUCAUCCCAGACAUCAGCACCAGCACUAAGGACUUCAUACUUAACUCGCUGCUGUUGUUACCCCUCUAUAACCUUGGGUUGAGCAUCUACAAAUACUAUAACAUCCAAGAGAUGAAGAAACUAUGUACUUCUUCAGAAUAUGUUAGUGACACUAAAUUUUGCCGUGAAAUUCUUGGUAUUUCUGUAUACAGUAUGAGCCAAAGCUCAAUUGGAAGACAUGUGAUUGCCAUGGCUGCCACAGGAGCGGCUUACCUCUUCCUCAUUUUCCUUCUGGAGCUUACUUCAUGGAAUUUACAAGCAUUUGUAUAUCGCUGUGUUCUCUUUGGAAUUUAUAAGAUAUUUAGUAAGGCUAGACUGUCCCGAGAGUUAUCCGCGGAAUCUGAAGAUGAAGAUGUACAAAAUGAAAGGGAAGCUAUCCUGCAGCAUCCUCAAGAGUCCCUGAACUCUACGGUGCUCAUUAAGGAGCUUGUAAAGAUAUAUUUUAAAGUGCCACCCAUUCUGGCUGUGAGAAAUAUCUCUGUCACCAUACAAAAGGAGGAGUGUUUUGGAUUGCUUGGACUAAAUGGAGCUGGAAAAACUACUACCUUUCAAAUUCUUACUGGAGAAGAGGUUGCUACGUCUGGGGAUGUGUUCAUUGAAGGCUACAGCAUCACAGAAAAUAUCCGAAAGGUAAGGUCAAAAAUUGGCUAUUGUCCACAGUUUGAUGCUUUGCUGGAUUUCAUGACCCCUCGGGAGAUCUUGACAAUGUAUGCCAGGGUGUGGGGGCUUCCAGAGAACAGUAUUAGACCCUAUGUGGACAACUUGUUGGAAAUGCUGUACCUGCAACCACAAGCCGAGAAGUUUAUUUACACCUUGAGUGGAGGAAGCAAACGCAGGCUGAGCACCGCUGUUGCCAUAAUGGGGAAGUCAUCCGUCGUCUUCCUAGAUGAGCCGUCCACUGGCAUGGACCCGUUAGCCCGGCGCAUGCUCUGGAACACAGUGAUAAGGACACGAGAGAGUGGCAAGGUCAUCAUCAUAACCUCUCACAGUAUGGAGGAGUGUGAAGCUCUCUGCACCAGGCUGGCCAUCAUGGUGCAGGGAAAGUUCGUGUGCCUGGGGAGCCCUCAGCAUCUCAAGAACAAAUUUGGCAAUGUUUACAUCAUGAAUGUCAAGUUCAAAACUGACACUGGUGAUGAUGUAAUAAAGGAUUUUGAAGGAUUUAUUGCCCAGGUUUUCCCAGGUAGUGAGCUGAAGCAAGAGAAUCAAGGGAUCCUUAAUUACUACAUUCCCAGCAAGGACAACAGCUGGGGAAAGGUGUUUGGCAUUCUGGAGAAAGCAAAAGAGGAAUACAAUUUAGAAGACUAUUCCAUCAGUCAGAUCACCCUGGAGCAAGUCUUCCUGACCUUUGCCAACGUAGAUAAACCAGAAAGUGAUCAUGCAAAAGCAAAAGCAGUGCCUUGAGAUUCAGUUACAGCCAGCGAUUAGGAUGUUUUCAUUCAACUCUGCUUGGGUCUGGACAGGGGCAUG